GUAAAUAACCACAGGGCGAUUUCCCGUUUCCGAAGAAGACGCUGUACUCGACGUCAUCGCGUACAACGUGUAGUAGCGCUGAAGCAACAUGGCUAUGAAUGGAGAUGAUGAAGACUUCGAGUGGGAGCCCCCCACCGAGGCGGAGAUGAAGGUGAUACAGGCACGGCGAGAGAGGCAGGAUAAGAUCAGUAAACUGAUGGGAGACUACCUGCUCAAAGGAUACAAGAUGCUGGGAGACUGUUGUGACGUGUGCGGGACCAUUCUUCUUCAGGACCGCCUGCAGAAAAACUACUGCGUCUCGUGUCAGGAGCUGGACUCUGAUAUAGACAAGGACAACCCUGCGCUGAACGCUCAGGCGGCUUUGUCUCAGGUGAGAGAACGGCAGCUGGCGUCCAUGUCGCCGACUCCAUCUCAGACCGCAGAACUGAACGGGGGACCCACCACCAGCAGCAGCACCACCAGCCUUCCCAGUGGGUCAGUACCUCAGCCCAGACCGGAGCACUGUGAGGGCGCCGCUGCAGGCGGAAGAGCCGUCUUGCCUCCAGCCGUGGUGCCGUGUCCUGCGACGCCCUCCGUCACGGCCACCCUGCCGCCCACUCGACCGCCCAUCUCUCCACCGAACACCGCCCUCCGACCUGUCCUGCAGGAUGCAGAGGACGCCGUCCUCACCAAAAUGCGUUGGGCCACCACUCAGCUGCAGAGUUCGGCCUGCCUGGAGUCCAGCAUCCAGCUGUGCAGCCUCAUUUCCAGCUGCGCCAACUCGCUGAGGAGCCUGAGGGAGCUCAGCCAGUAACCUCGGCUGAACGGCUGAAUGCUGGUCCUGCUUCAGCUCGUUUCAGAUUAUUGACUCUGGUUUGUUCACAUUAUUGAGUCCUCGCAUGGGUUUGUGCGCAGGAUCGGUCCGAACAUGCACUUAAAACAGGAUCAAACGUGGAAUACAAUGUUACGUCAUGACUCCGACAACACGGGGAGAUCAGGUUAGUAUUAGUAUCAGUUAGAAUGAUUUCCUGUCAUUAAUGCAGCCAUUUUAAACUUUCUUAGAAAAUGCAUCGGUGUGUCAAACACCGGGAAUCAAGUUGCGUCACAAACGCUUCUGAGAAUCGUAGUCCGCUCACAGCCUGUGGCUUAAUCAAGCAUGUGAUCCAAAUAAAGUGCUCGUCACCAUAUAGAAACCAUGUGUCCGCACAUCAGGCCGCUCGAUUGGUUUGAUGGUCCAGCUGUUGUGAACGGUGGAGCUUUUGCCUUGUAAAUAUCUAACCGUCAGGACGAGUGACGCUGUUUUCUGUACAGCCAUUACAUUAGAAAAUAUGAGCUCGUGUUCGUGAUAAGAGACGAGUCGGUUCCUGCUUUUCUUUCCACACGAUGGCCCCAAAUUUUCCUCCUUCCCUCUUCCAGACCUGCCUGGAAACAAUAAACAAAGAUACAUCAUG